CCCCCUCCCCCCAGGUCUGUUCUCGGGUAGGGUCCCCGAGCUUGUUCGCCGACACCCCUUCAGGAGACUCUACUUCCUAAUCACCUUCUAUUCUACUUCGCGCGGACCCGCCUUACCCUCGCGCCCAGGGGACACAGGGAUCAUCCCGCCUAGCCGAACUCCUUCCCAGACGUCCACUAGCCGGGGAGGCAGCGGGAGACCCCCACCCCCUUAUCUCCGGUAAGGGACAAAGCUUUCGGGGUUCACUCCCCCCUUCCGUGGAUACCUUCACAGUCCGCAGGCUUCCCCAAUCUAGGGGACUCAGCGCCGGGACGCUGCUAUGGACGACAUUUUCACUCAGUGCCGGGAGGGCAACGCGGUGGCCGUUCGCCUGUGGCUGGACAACACGGAGAACGACCUCAACCAGGGGGAUGAUCAUGGCUUCUCCCCCUUGCACUGGGCCUGCCGAGAGGGCCGUUCUGCUGUGGUUGAGAUGCUGAUCAUGCGGGGGGCACGAAUCAAUGUGAUGAACCGUGGGGAUGACACCCCCCUGCACCUGGCAGCCAGUCAUGGACACCGUGAUAUUGUGCAGAAGCUCUUGCAGUAUAAAGCUGACAUUAAUGCAGUGAAUGAGCAUGGAAACGUGCCCCUGCACUAUGCCUGUUUUUGGGGCCAAGAUCAGGUUGCAGAGGACCUGGUAGCUAAUGGGGCUCUUGUCAGCAUUUGUAACAAGUAUGGAGAGAUGCCUGUGGACAAAGCCAAGGCACCCCUGAGAGAGCUCCUCCGAGAGCGGGCAGAGAAGAUGGGCCAGAACCUUAACCGUAUUCCAUACAAGGACACUUUCUGGAAGGGAACCACCCGCACUCGGCCCCGAAAUGGGACUCUGAACAAACACUCCGGCAUUGACUACAAACAGCUCAACUUUUUGGCAAAGCUCAACGAGAAUCACUCUGGAGAGCUAUGGAAGGGCCGUUGGCAGGGCAAUGACAUCGUUGUGAAGGUGCUAAAGGUUCGAGACUGGAGUACAAGGAAGAGCAGGGACUUCAACGAGGAGUGUCCCCGUCUCAGGAUUUUCUCGCAUCCAAAUGUGCUCCCAGUGCUAGGUGCCUGUCAGUCUCCGCCUGCUCCUCACCCCACCCUCAUCACACACUGGAUGCCAUAUGGAUCCCUGUACAAUGUAUUACAUGAAGGCACCAAUUUUGUUGUGGACCAGAGCCAGGCUGUGAAGUUUGCGUUGGACAUGGCAAGGGGCAUGGCCUUCCUACACACAUUAGAGCCCCUCAUCCCACGACAUGCACUCAAUAGCCGUAGUGUAAUGAUUGAUGAGGAUAUGACUGCCCGAAUCAGCAUGGCCGACGUCAAGUUCUCCUUCCAAUGCCCUGGGCGCAUGUAUGCACCUGCCUGGGUGGCCCCUGAAGCACUGCAGAAGAAGCCUGAAGAUACAAACAGACGCUCAGCAGACAUGUGGAGUUUUGCAGUGCUUCUGUGGGAACUGGUGACACGGGAGGUACCCUUUGCUGACCUCUCCAACAUGGAGAUUGGAAUGAAGGUGGCACUGGAAGGCCUUCGGCCUACUAUCCCACCAGGCAUUUCCCCCCAUGUGUGUAAGCUCAUGAAGAUCUGCAUGAAUGAAGACCCUGCUAAGCGGCCUAAAUUUGACAUGAUUGUGCCUAUCCUGGAGAAGAUGCAGGACAAGUAGAGCUGGAAAGCCCUUGCCUAAACUCCAGAGGUGUCAGGACACGGUUAGGGGAGUAUGUCUCCCCAAAGCAGCAGGCUUCUGGUUGCCUCCCCUGCCUCCAGUCAUGGUACUACCCCAGCCAUGGGGCCCAUCCCCUGCCCCCAUCCCUACCACUGCAGCCCCCAAAGGGGCUAGGCUCAGAGCUUUGUCACUUGCCACACGGUAUCUCCCAGCAUGGGAGGGACCAGCCCUGCCUGUCACAAUAAAGUUUAUUAUGAAAACA